CACAGAUGGAGUGAACGAAAGCAAAUGUCCAAGAUCUUCCGGACAUUGUUUAAGUUGUUCGGAAGGUUUCAUCACGAGUUUCAGGUGGUGAGUCGUGCAGAAAUAGCCUGUAUGGUUAGCAAGCUGAAGUGAACGCUCGCAGAUCUCGAACCCGUGCCUACACUAUGAGCGAUUGUACCGUGCUGCAAUGUUUCAGAUACGCGAUACUUGGCAAGAUGAGCCUGGCGCAAUCACAGUUCCGAAGCACUACAUACCUUACAAAAAUGGUUGGUGGGAACUGUCCAUGAUGCAAGAAUCUGGAGCAAUGUACUGGGAUCAUCAGCAAGGUCAGCGAGUGGUACUUGACCAGCAUCCCUUAUAUCCAUCAGCACCGCACAAACACAUGUCUCUGGUGUUGGCUGUUGAGAAAAAGUUAUCCCUGACCAAAGUCUCCGUUUGGCUCUGCGGACUUGUUGUUCUUGGAGCAUCUGCCUGGUCAUUGAGAUACUCGACAUCCACAGAGUUCCUAUCAUGGAUUACCAUAUUCGGGGCUGCGACUCUCUUUGGUGGCUGCCUGGGGAUCUUGUAUCUCCAAUUGCAUUUCGUCAAGAACCGAUAUACCGAUCGGUUUCGCCUUGCCCAAAUGCGAGCCAGGAUUUUCUUCCAGAGAUUACAUUGAGGCAACAGAGGGGAAAGAGCCUACUCGUUGAGUGCUUUACUGAUCAUGAGUAGCGUGUCUGGCUCUUGAGCUACUGAAUAAACGAUCUUUUUGAGCACCACGGUCACACCACGUCUGAUUUGUUACAUAGUAUUUAUAAGACAAGUCUCAUUCGUACACAAUGAGGGCUCGACCCAUGUAUUAGUCACUACAUG